UUAGACUCUUAGGAUGCUUCUGAACUUGUGGACGUUGUGUAAUGACCUUCAUUGAUUUAUGAAAUCGCAAAAAACCCUAAAUUGCUUCCGCCAAAUUUUCUCUCUCGAUCGAUCGUGGCACGAAACCCAAAACCCAAAACCCGAAAUCCUUACCGCUCUGCUUCCGUCAAAAUCUUCAAUGGUGAACCGAUUGGUUACAGUUUGAGCAACGACUGAAAUGAGGUGUCUGGUCUCCUCCUUCCGUCGCGUACUCUCCUUAAACCCUAAUCACCAUCAACUUCUUCUUCAGAAACUCUUCUCCUCUUCCCGUUCACGGGUCUCUAUCCCUGUCAACUCUUUAAUUCAAGGGCCGCUAUCUCCUUCCCCGCCGGAUUCUAGAUGUAUCCCAUCGCAGCAAAUCUCUCUCUCCGAUUUCGCGCAGUCUGACUUCUCCACCAUUUCGAAUAUCCUUGAAAAUCCUAAUAUUAUUCCUGAUUCGAAUCUCGAGUCCGCCCUGGAUGGGACUGGGAUCGAACCGAGUAAUGGAUUGGUUCAAGCACUUUUUGAUCGCUUCGGUUCAUCGCCGAAGCUGCUGCAUUCGGUGUACAGAUGGGCAGAGGGGAAACCCGGGUUUCAAACGUCUUCUUCGUUGUUUGAUUUGGUUAUAAAUACUCUAGGUAAAGCUCGGGAUUUCGAGUCGGUUUGGUCACUGAUUCUUGAUCGUAUGGGAAGCAGUGGAGGAUCAGAGUUGGUUUCUGCAAAUACGUUUGUGGUUCUUAUCAGACGGUAUGCGCGUGCUGGUAUGGUAAAGUCAGCAAUAAAGGCAUUUGAAUUUGCUAGAGAUUCUGACAUCAUUUCUACACCAGAUUCGGAAGCGAAGUUGUUUGAGAUUCUGUUAGAUACCCUUUGUAAAGAGGGGCUUGUCAGAGCGGCUUCAGAGUAUUUCGAGAAGAGAAGGCUAACGGAACCAAGUUGGGUUCCUUCUGUUCGGAUUUUUAACAUUUUAUUGAAUGGAUGGUUCCGCUCAAGAAAACUUAAGAAGGCAGAGAAGCUGUGGUCGGAGAUGAAGAGCGAGAACAUGGUACCGACAGUUGUCACAUAUGGUACUCUAAUAGAAGGGUAUUGCAGGAUGCGUCGGGUUGAGAUUGCUAUUGAGUUGGUUGAAGAGAUGAAGAAGAUGGGAAUCGAGCCUAAUUUUAUCAUAUAUAAUCCAAUCAUUGACGCUUUAGGUGAAGCGGGUCGGUUUAAGGAGGCUUUAAGUAUGAUGGAGAGGUUCUUCAUUUGUGAACCGGGUCCUAACAUCUCGACUUACAAUUCAUUAGUGAAGGGUUUCUGCAAGGGUGGAGAUUUAUCUGGUGCUAGCAAAAUCCUCAAGAUGAUGACGAGCCGAGGCAUUGCUCCUACAACAACUACGUACAACUAUAUCUUUAAGUAUUACUCGAAACAUGGGAAAACCCAAGAGGGCAUGAAUCUAUACUCGAAAUUGGUUGAUGUUGGAUGUAACCCAGAUCGGCUUACUUACCAUUUGGUCUUAAAAAUGCUGUGCGAGGAUGGAAAGCUGAGCCUGGCAAUGCAAGUGAACAAGGAAAUGAAAAACAGAGGAAUCGAUCCAGACCUAGCAACUAGCACAAUGUUGAUUCAUCUGCUCAUUAGGCUGGACAUGUUCGGAGAAGCAGUUGCAGAGUUUGAGAAUUCAGUGAGACAGGGAAUAGUACCACAGUAUAUUACCUUCAAGAUGAUCUCCGAUGCAUUAAGAUCAAAAGGGAUGACAGAGAUGGUGAAGAAGCUCUGUGAUUUGAUGUCUUCUCUUUCACAUUCGAAAAAUCUGCCAAACACAUACAAAGGAGUCAUAGAUACAUCAGAUAAAGAUCGUAGAGUGUCUAUUCUGCAAAGGGCUGAAGCAAUGUCUGAUGUGUUGAAGGGUUGCAACAACCCGAGGAAGCUCAUGAAACAGCGUGGAACUUCUAAAAAGACUGCAUGUAGCACUAAUGUAUCAGCAAGUGAUAUCGGUAAACGAGACUGAGAGGCAUACGAUUAGAGGACAAA